CUCUGCUCCUUUGAAGCUCAACGUGUCUCACGUCGUGCUCCCUCCUCCUAUCUGCUGCCCCAUGGCGAACUCUGUCUACACUUUAAAUACCCUUCCUCCCAACUACGGGGAUGUGGACCAUUGGUUGGGGAUGAGCAUCCCAGAAGCGCGAAAUGACAUAGCAGAAGGUCGAGAUGACAUAGCAGACGGGUACAAGACCAUCAGCGAUCUGAGCAAAGACUUCAAUAGCUGUCUUGAACAACCCUCUCGCAUAGACAUAGAGGACAUCGUGAAGCGACGCUUUUCGCCUGACGCGGUCAUCAAGCUGACGCUCUGGAAAGCUGAGGACGCGGAGCCCCUAGUAGGGACCGUCAAGCAGUACGAGAUACCCCGCUACUUGAUCGGAGCGUUCUUCCGCGCCCUGCUGGAAGACUCCCUCCAGUCCUUCUCGCUUCGGCUGCUCUACUCGGACAGGCAGCACCUGCCGACCCCUCCCUCUGCCAGAGCGGGGCCCAUCGUCGGGUAUCCAGCCACCGUCUGCCUCGCGUACGCAAAUGGCAUCGAGGUCGACAUGGACGGGCCCCUCACGGUGCAACUGGCGCGCUGCGACGGGCAGGACGAGCCUUCGUGUGUCAUCACGUCCCUCGCCUUCGACGCGCGGAAGCACAAGGUGCGUGCGGCGAUCGUGGACCGGAGGCCGCGCGUUCCGGCGGAGCGCGACUGGGUGAUCAAUGCAUUUGGCAUGCCGCCGGCGGCCAUGCGAAUGCUGGACAUGAUACCAAUAAUGUUGCCGGUGAUACGUAUGAUGGGACCCAAUGGGCUGCCCGUUGCGUGGCCUGGUGGAGCACCGUGGCACAAUGAACGUCGGAAGUAUGACCCCUGA